CACUGCAACGGUAAAACGGAAGUCCUGCUCCCGCGGAGCCCGGGGUCCGGGCGGAAGCAGCGUUCUUCCCGGAGCGGCGGCCUCGGGCUUGGCUGCCCUGAGAUGGUCCGGAAAUAGGAUUGUUUCUCUUUUCGGGUGUUGAUGUUGGAUCUGCCUUAUUAGCAUAUUAAAAUGGCUGGACCCAAAGACGCCAUCCCUUCCUUAUCGGAAUGCCAGUGCCCGAUCUGUGUGGAAAUCCUGAUUGAGCCCGUAACACUCCCUUGUAACCACACGCUCUGUAAUCCAUGCUUCCAAUCAACUGUCGAAAAGGCAAGUUUAUGCUGUCCCUUCUGUCGCCGCCGGGUCUCUUCCUGGACCCGGUACCAUACCCGAAGAAAUUCUCUGAUCAACAUGGAACUGUGGGAGAUAAUUCAAAAACACUAUCCAAAGGAAUGCAAACUGAGAGCCUCUGGGCAAGAAUCAGAGGAAAUCGUUGAUGACUAUCAGCCAGUUCGUCUGCUAAGUAAACCUGGGGAAUUAAGAAGAGAAUAUGAAGAGGAGAUAAGCAAGGUGGAGGCAGAGCGACGAGCCAAUGAGGAAGAAGAGAACAAAGCCAGUGAAGAAUACAUACAGAGAUUAUUGGCAGAGGAGGAAGAAGAGGAAAAAAGACAGGCAGAAAAAAGGCAAAGAGAGAUGGCAGAACAGCUGAAAAAUGAUGAAGAACUGGCAAGAAUGCUAAGCAUUAAUAUUAACAAUUUCUGUGAGAGAAGUAUAUUGGCAUCUCCCUUGAAUUCCAGAAAAUCUGAUCCAGUCACGAUCAAGUCGCAAAAGAAAAGUAAGAACAAACAAACAAACACUGGAGAUAUUCAGAAGUAUUUGUCACCUAAAUCUCAAUUUGGGUCAGCAUCACAGUCUGAAGUUGUACAAGAAGGCAGGAGAAACUCCAUAUCUAAGGAAACUGACAGUAGUGAUGUAAAGAGCCCUACGUGGCAAGACACAGAAAUUGAGGAGGACAUGCCAACGCUUUCUCCGCAAGUAUGUCUUGAAAUUCAAGACCAAGGUACACAGUCUUCAGUAGAGUCACCUAUGCCUCAGUUAUGUGCUAAUGGAACGGAACGGUGUCUUGAAGGAAAGGUCAUAACCAGCCCAAGCAAUCAUGAUAAAGAGUUAUGUGUCACAAAUCAUGAGGAACCUGACGCCAGAGCUCCCUGCUCUGGAGAAGCUGCAGACAAGCCUAGUGGCAAAACAGAGAAUGGGUGCACUGUGUCAGAUACGACACAGACACUUGGAAAUAACACAGUUGAGACAGAAAAUGAAGAGUCUCACCUACUGAUCAAUAAAGAUAUUUCCAAAAGAAAAAACCAGGAGUCCUCAUUUGAAACAGUCAAGGAUCCCUGCUUUUCUGCAAAAAGAAGGAAAAUGUUCCCCAAAGGUUCCUUAGACCAAGAGGAAACAGAAACCAAUUUUACGCAAAAACUGAUAGAUUUGGAACAUCUACUUUUUGAGAGACAUAAACAAGAAGAAGAGGACAGGUUAUUAGCAUUACAGCUUCAGAAAGAGGUGGAUAAAGAACAAAUGAAGCCAAACCGGCAGAAAGGCUCCCCAGAUGAGUAUCAGUUACGUGCUGCGUCCUCACCGCCAGACAGAUUGCUAAAUGGACAGAAGAAGAAUUCCAAAGACAGGAACUUAAAAAGACAAACUGAUAGAGAACAUUUAAAACCUCGGAGAGGCUCAAAAAAUGAAAAUUGGCAACCUGCUUUAAAGAUCCAGUUGAAACAUUCAGUUAAUGUUAAUGGAAGAAAGGUGCCGAAUUCUGCUAGAGAUAAUUGUAAUGUAUCUAAAAGCACUCAUUCCCGACAGCCUAGCAAGUCACAGAAAAGUAUUUUUCAGAUGUUUCAGAGAUACACAAAGUAAUGCUUGGAUAAAGGGAGUGCUUUGUAAUUAGUAAGCUGGAUUGUGAAGCUCUCUCUUCCAUCUUAGAAUCUUUAAAAUUUUUUCGUUAAUUCUGCACUGUGGGCACACUCAUUGUCCUUAAUUAAAGGAUUGUGUGAUUCCAAGGGAGGAAUAUAGAAAUGUGUUUCUGCCAAACUCAGUGGUAAGCAAGGGUCCCAAACCUUUUUUUUAAAAAAAAUAACUGUGAUAUACUAGGUUUGCUAAUCCUUAUGGAUAUAAAAAUGCCUUGGCCAACCCAAGAAAUCUUCAGGUGCCAUUCUGAAUCUUUCCCAAAAGUGCAUGUUUUAUGGCCUUUGCUCACCUUUUUGUCGUGACUAGUAAUCAAAGCAAGAUUAUACUAUAUCAAGUAGUUAAGGAGUCCAGGCAGGGUUUAAAAUCUAAGUUUUCUUGCUUUCCCAUAUAUUUGCAGAGCACUUGAAAUGCAUCUUCCAUAACACUAAAGUUUCCACCUCCACUUUAGUUAUUUUAAGCAUUAUAGCAUUUUCUUUCAUUUAAAAUGGGUUAGGAUCAAUGUGAAAUCAGAAAUAUCAGAGUUUUCUGGAAAACUAGGCAUUAGUUGACAGAAAGGAAACUAGGCUCUUGAUGUAAAAGGAGUUGAGAGUUGGGCUGAGGUUGGGUGGGAUGGAUUGGCAGUAUGGAAGCACUGGAACCCAGUGGUUCCUCAGAAACUGGGGCCAGGAUGGAGUCGCAGGGGUAGUUUGGCAGAGCAUUCGCCCUCCUCCUGUCUUUGCUAAAUGACACAGGAAGCAUUUGGGCUUUACGGUUUUUCACACCAUAGUAUCUGGUGUCAAAAUCAAGAUUAGUUACUAAAUUACCUGAAAUUUUGGAAAUUCACAUUUCUAUUAAUCUGCUAUUCCAGGAAAACAAUGGGAAUUUACUGUAGGAGAGUUAUAUCACAGUAUCCUCUGUUGUGCAACCUGAGACGUAACCAUGUGUUUAUUUCCUCAUAUUAUCAUUUGUAUUGAUCCUGACUUUUUAUUUGUAUUUAUGGACAGAAAUACAAAGUAUGAUACUUGGAUUUUGCCCUCUCUUACCCCUGAAAGUUAAAUCAGAAGGCAGUGAUUUCGUUUUGUGAAAUUUAACUUCGAGACUAUUAAUCUUUUGUUUCAUUAAUAUGAACAACUUUGAGCAAACAACCAACAGUUUUAACAGCAUUUCUGUUGAUGUCCUGGUCCUUAUCCUUUUAAAGUAAAAAUAUAAUAAAAUGUCCUAAAGCUAA